AUGUUGCAAUCGUCGAUCGGAAUUGUGCGGGCAUUCAGGCUAAUCAGAUGGUAUCGUAGCGAUGCAGUCUCAACUCAUUCACGCAAUACGACUUUUCCAACGCAAAAGCAAUUAUGGAUAUGUGAUUUUGUUACCACCAGUUCUGAAAAUCGCCGGGCAGUUACUUACCUUGGCUCAACUUCCUCUCACGUAUUAACCGCAAAGAGACUUUACGCAAAAGAUGGAUAUGCACAGGAAUCUAAUCGUCACGCUCGCCGGAAAUCAACUUUUGAUCUCGAUCGACUGCAACACGGCUUCGAUCGCAGGCGUGUGUCGGUCUUGGAUAACAUUCGUUCAAGCUACCAAAGGACUACCAUGACAGAUUUUUUUGGGAAGAAGAAGCCGAAUGACCUACCUGACGUAGAUGUUGUAUGGGCGGGCGUCUUUGGCACUGCGUAUAGGGGUGCCAAAGCCGCUAGUGCCGCUAGCGUCUUUGCUAGCCGGGUACUCUGUCUGGACUCUGCAGUGUCAUUUCUAAAAUCUGACCCAGGUUGCUAUCAGAAUGGAAAUGGUUACGUCAUUAGCAUCGAUGGGUUGGAGUGUUGUGGAUGGUGUGAAGGCAUCUAG